UGUACAGCCACAAAUGGACAACCUGACAUUAAGACACAGCUUUCUACUUGUGGAGGGACUGAAAGUUACACCUCAGUCAUCCCAGUCUGUUUUCAUUGUACUUCUAUUGGCUUAUGUCUUUUCAAUGGUUUCAAACAUUGGACUUAUAGUUCUGAUCUCAACAGAGAGGAAUCUGCAUGACCCUAUGCAUUUUCUGUUCUGUAACUUGCCAGUGAAUGAUAUAAUAGGUACCACUGUCAUUAUGCCACGCUUACUACAGGACAUUUUAAAUGAAGCUUCAGAGCGCUAUAUAUCAUAUGUGGAGUGUGUUAUUCAAGCUUAUUUUGUGCAUAUAUUUGGAGCAGCAUGUCACUAUGUGCUGAUGAUUAUGGCCUUUGACAGAUAUGUGGCUAUAUGCAAUCCACUGCGAUACACAGCCAUAAUGACCAAUAAAAUGGUUAUUAAACUCUCAAUAUUUGCUUGGGGCCUGGCCUUUCUUCUGGUGACAAUUAUGAUAGGCCUAACUGUGCAUCUGUCUCACUGUAGAUAUAAAAUUGAAAACCCUUUCUGUGACAAUGCCUCACUGUUUAAACUGUCCUGUGAAAAUGUGGUUAUUAACAAUAUCUUUGGAAUUAUUUAUACUGUGGUUGCACUCAGUCUGUCAGCAGUAUCAAUAUUAAUUACAUAUGUAAAGAUUGCUACUGUAUGUAUAACUAGCAAAAACAAAGCACUGAACAGCAAAGCCAUAAAAACCUGCAGCACUCAUUUAGCUGUAUAUUUAAUUAUGUUUAUCUCUGGAGCUGUUUUUAUUUUUCUUCAUUGUUUCCCUGAAUACUCUGACAGCAGGAAACUAGCCAGUAUAAUGUUUCACAUUGUACCAACAGGAUUAAAUCCCUUAGUAUAUGGUUUACAAACCAAAGAGAUAAGACAAAAGAUUGUUAAACUCUGGUGUAAGCAAAAACUAAUUCUUUAA